UACACCCACACACACAUACUCUCUCUCCUCUCUCUCUCUCUCUCUCUCUCUUCGCCGCUGCGAACUUCCACCGAAGAGCAGUGACGACUCUCUUUCUCCCCCGACCUAUACAUACACGCAGGGAUGUACGUAUCCUCCUAUACUAGAGAAGAGAAAGAGCUCUAGUUGUCUGCUUCUUCUUCUUCCUCUUUCACAUCUCAACUAGUUCCUGCUCACUCAAAUACGGUCGACGGCGGCGGCGGCGGCGGCGGCGGUGGCCAUAAUAGCCAUUUCUCAAUCUCUACGACUCUGGUUGCCAGUCUGAUCCGACGGCCACGAUCACCACUCUUACCAAUCGGACGGCUAGGCCUUGGCUGUCAGCUUUAUAAACAGAGAAUUGACGGGGGUGGUGCAUGACAUUUCUGAAUUGGAAGAAGGAUUUCAAGGCAAGAAUCAGAAUUUUGGAAGACUAGGCUUAUGGAGCCUAAUGGCCAUAGACAGGGUAACAAAAAGAAUCUUGUUUCUAUGCAAAAUGGUGAGGUGAACUCAACAAGUUCUGUUGAUGAGCUGGAUCCAUGGACUGCUUGGCUAUACAAACCCCGCACAGUUACAUUGUUGUUUAUUGGUGCAUGUUUUCUCAUUUGGGCAAGUGGAGCUCUUGAUCCUGAACGUACCUCAGUUGAUGAUCUGGUUGCAACUGUGAAAAGGGGUGUCUGGGCAAUGAUUGCAGUCUAUCUUGCUUACUCUUUACUACAAGCCCCUUCGACGAUUCUUAUUAGGCCACAUCCUGCGAUUUGGCGCCUAGUUCAUGGAAUGGCUGUCAUCUACCUUGUUUCAUUAACAUUUUUGCUCUUUCAGAACCGUGAUGAUGCUCGCCAAUUUAUGAAGUAUCUACAUCCUGAUCUUGGUGUUGAACUUCCUGAAAGAUCCUAUGGUGCUGAUUGCAGAAUUUAUGUACCUGAAAAUCCCACGAACAGGUUUAAGAAUGUUUAUGAUACUGUGUUUGAUGAAUUUGUUCUGGCUCAUAUCCUUGGGUGGUGGGGUAAAGCCAUCAUGAUUCGCAAUCAACCUCUUUUAUGGGUGCUAUCAAUUGGAUUUGAGUCAAUGGAGCUUACCUUCCGUCAUAUGUUACCAAAUUUCAACGAGUGCUGGUGGGACAGCAUUGUUCUUGACAUAUUAAUCUGCAAUUGGUUUGGUAUUUGGGCAGGGAUGCGUACUGUUCGUUAUUUUGAUGGUAGAACAUAUGAGUGGGUUGGUAUCAGCCAACAACCAAAUAUUAUUGGUAAAGUCAAGCGAACACUUGGUCAGUUUACUCCAGCACAUUGGGAUAAAGAUGAAUGGCAUCCACUUCUUGGUCCUUGGCGUUUCCUUCAAGUUCUGAGCCUCUGUGUUGUGUUCUUGACGGUGGAAUUGAACACAUUCUUCCUCAAGUUUUGUCUUUGGGUUCCUCCCCAAAACCCUUUGAUAAUAUAUAGAUUAGUGUUAUGGUGGCUGAUUGCAAUACCAACCAUCCGAGAGUACAAUUCUUACCUACAAGACAGAAAACCAGUUAAAAAGGUGGGAACAUUUUGUUGGCUUUCCCUUGCCAUCUGCAUCGUUGAACUUCUAAUAUGCAUCAAGUUUGGGCAUGGAUUGUUUCAUGAACACAUGCCGAAAUGGUUGGUUAUUCUUUGGACAUCCAUUGGGGUUGGGCAUGUGAUCUUCUUGUCGGCGUGGUCAUGGCAACUUAUUAGGAGAAAGCAGCAGUGAACCAUAGUGUGGGUGCCUAAUUCAUUGAUUUCUUUCUGAUGUUUUCCAUAACUAUAUGUUGUAAAUACCCCUUAUGCUGGUAAUUGUAUAUGCUUUAUUCUAUUAGGUUAGAGAUCACAGAUGAAGCAUGUAGAGAACCUCAUUUUUACUUCAAUUCAUUGGUUAAAAGUUUGGCAGGUGUUUUUAAUCUCAAAAAUUCAAAUUUUGUUGUC